ACAUGUUUCAAAUUUGGACAGUCGGUGUUUUUCUAUCCGCCCUUAUUUUAUUUGGGGCGGCUGAAAAUUAUGAAGGCGAUCUAAGUAUUGAAAAUGAAAUGCAAUCGCCAGAUGAACAGCCGCAAUGCGGUCAAGGAAGUCCAGCAUUUCAGGAAUCCGACUUAAAUGUUACUGAUGGCCAAGCCAGGCCUGGGGAAUUUCCGUGGACAGUUGCCGUGAGCCAUCAUAAGAAAUUUGUCUGCGGUGGAUCUCUAAUUACCCCCAAUAUUGUACUCACGUCAGCUAAUUGCGUAUAUAAUAAGAUGGCAGAGGAUCUUGUCGUCAGCGCAGGCGAAUGGGAGUAUGGAAAUGCCUCGGAAAAAUACCCAUAUGAAGAGCAAAUUGUGAAGAAACUCGUGUUUCAUAAGUCAUUUAGCUUGCGAACAGGAGCCAAUAACUUGGCGCUACUCUUUUUGGAGAAGGAGUUCCCGAUGACAUACCGGAUUAACACCAUCUGCCUGCCCACCGAGAAAAGAACCCUCAACUCAACUCGCUGUAUUGCGGCUGGCUGGGGUAAAAAUCAAUUCAAGGAUAAACAUAACGCCAGCAUUCUGAAGAAGAUCGAUGUACCGAUCGUGCCCCGGGACAUCUGUCAGGAUCAGUUGCGGCAAACCAGGAUGGGCAGAACCUUCACCCUUGCCCCGAAUCUUUUUUGUGCCGGCGGCGAGGAGGGCAAGGAUGCCUGCACCGGCGACGGCGGAGGAGCACUUUUUUGCCCAAUGCCCGAGGAUCCCAAGCGAUUCGAGCAAAUUGGCAUCGUCAACUGGGGCGUGGGAUGUAAAAACAAAAAUGUUCCCGGCAUAUACACCGACGUGUUUGAAUAUAAGUCAUGGAUUGUCGAACUUAUGGAAGGUCCAACCGGCACUGUAACCGACAAAAAUUAA